AUGAAGAUUGAACCAUUCAAGAUCAACAUACCUCAAAGUGAGAUAGACGCGCUUCGUACGCGCCUUUCCAACACGCACUGGGCGCCCGAACUUAACAACAGCGACUGGUCUCAAGGAGUCAACGGCACCUACCUGCGCGAGCUCAUAACCUAUUGGCAGGAUGGUUUUGACUGGCGCGCGCAAGAAGCACUUAUCAAUAGCUUCCCGCAAUUCCGCGCCGAGAUCGACGACGUGCCGAUUCAUUUCAUCCAUGUGCGCGGCAAGGGACCCAACCCCGUUCCUAUUAUUCUGAAUCAUGGGUGGCCCUGGACGUUUUGGGACUUCAAAGACGUUAUCAUGGCGCUAGCCGAUCCUGUUGCAUACGGUGGCAGCCCCGAAGAUUCUUUCGAUGUUGUCGUACCUUCACUGCCGGGUUUUAAUUUCUCGGGACCGCUGCCGCGGAACGGUGUGGGCUAUAUCGAAACAGCCGAUCUGUGGGUCAAGCUGAUGCGAGAACUUGGCUAUGAGCAGUUCGUCACCCAUGGAGGAGACGCAGGCGCGUUCGUGAGCGCUCGACUCGGACAUGCGCAUCCCAAAUCAGUCAUAGGCGUGCAUCUAAGCUUCCCCAUUCUGCCCGGCGUGUCACACGACACUGUUGACCCUGCCAUUUUCACGCCGGAAGAACGGGCUCUGGUCGAAGGACAGGACAGAGGCCCGGGAGCCUUCUUCCAUGUCUUGAUCAAUGCCUUUGACCCACAGACCCUUGCCUGGGCGAUCCACGAUAGCCCCGUGGGUCUGGCGGCGUGGAUACUCCUUCGUCGCCGCGCCUGGAGCGAUUGCCAUGGAGAUGUUGAAACUAAGUUUGACAAAGACACGUUGCUCACGCAUCUCUCCCUUUACUGGUUCACGAACAGCUUCAUCGGGUCGGAGCUAUUUUGCCGGGCUUCCGCAUUUCACCAGCCCAUGGCGCUGGUCAAUGACAUCAAGCCCGAGAUAAGCGUACCGACGGCUGUUGCCGUAAUGCCUAAGGACUUGAUGUACACGCCCCGCUCAAUCGUUGCCGCGCAUAGCGAUCUGCGCCAAUGGACUUUGUUCCCCAGUGGAGGACAUUUCGGGGCAGCAGAGGAGCCGAAGCUCAUGACCGAAGACAUCCGUUCCUUCGUUCGUCCCCUGCGUCAAUUACAAUAA